UCGACCCUACUAAUAGUCAACAUUACAUCAAUCUGAAAGAUAUAUACCUGGGAUUGGGUGUUACUAAACAUAUUGCUGACCCAGAGCUACAUGCGCAUACCGAAGAAGUUGCCGUGAUGAAACAGAAAUGCCUUAACUUUAUCGUAAAAACAUGCGUGGGCAUCGUCGUGGAAAAGAUACAGUUUAAAUGACCCAGUUUUGAGGUCAAUCGCAAAGUUGAAUCCUGAUUCUUGCUUAUCAGGUAAUAGAGAACAGUCUUUGUCUUCACUGUACCCAGUGUUAACAAGGCUGAAACCCCCCCAACUUUAAAUGAUCAACAGACGUUAGAUGACGAAUGGAGAAACUUGAUGUUGAUAAGUUAUUACAUGUAGCAGACUUAUACAGCAGACUUAUUUUGGCACCAGAAAAUGGAGAGGAACCGACAGCUUCAGUAUUUGGUGGCCAGUGCGGUGUCCUUGGCCACAGCUACGCUAGGUAUGUGUUCCUUAUGGACAACACCAGCGAUGCCUAAACUGACAAACAAUGAAACCAGUAUUGUAAUAACUAAUAAACAAAUAUCGUGGAUGCUCAGUCUAUCGCCAGUAGGGUUCAUGAUAGGCAGCUUGGUCACAAGGUUUAUUUGUGAUCAAUUUGGUAGAAGAACCACUCUUCUACUUAGCGCAGUGCCUAUCGCUACCGGAACGAUAAUUGCAGCGUCGGCAAAUAAAGCUUGGUGGUUGUUCAUAAUGAAGAUUCUAUGGGGUUUCGGGACCGGUAUGAUAUCAACUAUAGUAACAAUAUAUAUAGCGGAAAUAGCGGAUAAGGAUAUCCGGGGACGGUUAUCUGUUGGUACGCGCAUCGCGUUCCACUUUGGAGGCUUACUUAUGAUGUGCAUCGGGGCUGUGGCGACGUAUGACGUCACAAACUACUUACUGCUAGCCAUGCCAGUGUUGUACUUUAGCGCUUGCUUGUGGAUUCCGGAGUCUCCGUACUAUUAUUUGAUGAAGGGAAGACAAGAAGACGCGAAGACAGCGUUCGUGAGAUUGCGGGGUACGAGUGAGGAUCUUGACGGAGAGUUGGAACGUAUUACGUCUCACGUGAAGAAAGACAUGCGUAAUCCCACCUCAGCUGUGGAACUUAUAACGGGGAAGCAGUAUCGGAAAGCGGUUAUUAUUGUUGUUGGACUAAAACUGGUUCAGAUAAUGUCCGGAACUCAGGCAGUGCAGCAAUACUUAGCAGUGAUCAUGAAGGAGAGCGGAGCUGAACUCCCCCUCUCCAUAAUGCUGAUCAUAUUUGGAGCUAUCAAAUUUGGUGUUGGUAUCAUGUCCUCUUUCCUUGCGGACAGAGUCGGUCGUCGUCCCCUCUUUAUCUUCUCCUUCCUUGGCUGCAGCAUUGCCUUAGCUACCGUCGGCACCUACUUCUUCCUUCUAGAAGUUAUUAAAGUUGACCAUGCUUCUAUCAAGCCUUUUGCCUUAUUGGCAUUCAUCGGAAUCGUUUCUUCAAAUGUCAUAUCCACACUCGGUUUUAAUUCUAUCGCUGGCGUCGUUCAAGGGGAAGUUUUUCCUAUAAAUGUAAAAGCUGUAGCUAUCACAUCCGUGAAUAUAUAUGGAGGUGUUCUGGGCUUCUCAACAGUCAAGCUAUUCCAGGAAGUAAAGGACGCAAGUGGAUUGUGGGGGGUGUUUUUGAUGUACGCGUCGAUUUCGUUGAUGGGUUCGGUAUUUUCAUACUUUUAUAUCCCGGAGACAAAGGGUAAGAGUUUGAGAGAAAUUCAGGUAAUGCUACAGGGAGAGGAUUAUGACGAGCAAGAGAUGAAGAGUAUGAAUGAGAAGGACGCAUGUUUGGAUGAGACACAGGAUCUAAAAGAAAUGAAUGGAAAGAGUUGACCAAUUUGGAAGGUAUUCUUAAUAAUAAAUCGUUUAUUUGCAAAGAAAGUGGUACGUUUAGAUUGACUAAUUAUUAAAAAAAAAACACCGCAAAAUCAGCCAUGCAAGUGUCAUAUUAAUUAUCAUGAUGUCAUAAUAAUAAGAACAGUUAUUUAUAAUUAUUGUCAUAACUUAUUGAUAUUCAGAUAACUGUAUGUUUGGUGAUAUAUAUAUGGUAUAUUAGUAGUGUUUUGAAGGUUGACCACUUAAAUUUUUUUAUUAUAUAGAACAGGGGGCAAACGGGCUCACCUGACGUUAAGUAAUACCGCAGCCCAUGGACACUCAAUG